AUGUCGAGCGGAGGAAGACAAGGGUUGUACCCACUAUGGAAGUAUGUUGAUCAUGGUCCGAGGCCGAAAAGAUCAAGUGGAAUAGCCACUAUCAAAUGCAAACUUUGUAAUUUGGGAUGGAAAGGUACCUACACGAGGGUGAAGGCUCAUUUCCUCCACUUGCCAUGUAAUGGUGUUGAAGGUUGUCCAAAUGAGUGUGAAAGAUAUGAUGCUAUGAGAGAACAGGAAAGGGCUGAUGGGAAAGUUGUUAUGCAAAGCUCUUAUGCUUCAACAACAAGGGCAGCUACUACAACUUACAGUCAUGAUAGAGAGUCAAAGGUGGAUGUGACUUUUAGAGGUUUAGCAACUGAACCGGCUCCCAAAAGACCACACAUUGGCAGCGCAAACCCCAUUGGAAGAUUGUUUGAUGUGCAAGGACGAAAAGCAGUUGAUGCAGCCAUUGGACGAUUCUUUUAUGCAAAUGGAAUAUCAUUCAAUGUUGCUCGCUCUUCAUUCUAUGAAGAGAUGGUUCGUGCUAUCAACAAUGCACCAACGGGCUAUAAGCCACCUGGGUAUGAGAAGCUUCGCACUACUCUUGUUGAUAAAGAAAAAAGUCGAUUAGAGGAACUAACUGCACCAUUGAAAAGAGUGUGGGCUCAAGAAGGAUGUAGUAUUGUGAUGGAUGGGUGGACAGAUGCUAGGAAUCGUCCACUACUUAAUAUCAUGGUAACAUGUAGCAAAGGGCCUUAUUUUUUGAAGGCAAUAGAUUGUUCAAGGCAAGAAAAAAAUGCAGAAUUUCUUCAUAGCCAGCUAUGUGAUAGCAUUGAGGAGGUGGGGGCAUCACAUGUAGUCCAAGUUGUUACUGAUGCUGCCCCUGUUUGUAAAGCAGCAGGCAUGUUGGUGCAAAAGAGGUACAGGCAGAUAUUUUGGACACUAUGUUGUGUGCAUUCAUUAAAUAAUGCUCUCAAGGAUAUUGGCAAGUUCCAAUGGAUUUCAGAUCUCAUAGAGAAGGGAAGAAAGAUACAAAUGUUCAUAUGUAACCAUCACCAUACACAAGCCAUUUAUCAUAAGUUUGCCAAGGUGGAACUUCUCAAACCUGCUGACACCCGUUUUGCUUCUUACUUCAUUCUUCUUGACCGCCUUUGUGAAGUCAAAGGAGCUUUGUGUUCCACGGUUGUUAGUGAUGCAUGGGCAGCUUGGAAACAAUCUACAUCAGAUAUUGCAAUUGAAGUGAGAGCUAUGGUCCUUGAUGAACAUUUUUGGGCUGAUGUUAAGUUUGUUGUGGACUUUAUUAAACCCAUAUGUGAAGUGAUCAAAUUUGCAGAUUCAGAUAAGGCAUGUUUGGGAGAGGUUUAUGAAGCAAUAGAUUCCAUGUGUGAAAGAGUAAAGAAGAUAACUGAUACAAAAGAUAUUUCUCUAUAUCCUUUGAUAGAAGAAAAGUUACAUGGAAGGUGGAACAAACUUAACACACCUCUUCAUUGUGCUACCUAUGCCCUUAAUCCUAAAUGGUAUGAUAUAGAAGUGACCAAAAAGAGAGCUCCACAUCAAGAUAGAGAGGUAAUGAAAGGCUUUUGGGCUGUGGUUAAAAAGAUUUAUGGUCGAGGUGAGGAAGCUUCGGUUAUGAGGACUCAAUGGAAUAAGUUUACACAUGGGCAAGGUGAUUUUGCUUCCGUGGAAGCUAUAUAUGAUAUGAAAGUAAAGAAAGACCCUAUAGAGUGGUGGUGGAAUCAUGGAAGUGAAACCCCUGAAUUGCAAUCAUUUGCAAUACAAUUACUCUCACAAGUGGCUAGCUCUUCAUCUUGUGAGAGAAAUUGGAGCACUUAUGGGUUCAUUCAUUCACUGAAGAAGAACCGAUUAGGAUCAAAGAAAGCAGAGAACCUGGUGUACAUUCAUAGCUCACUUCGUCUUCUCUCUCAUGUAGAUCCUGGAUACAAUGAGGGUCCUUUGGCAAAAUGGGAUCAAAUUUCACCUGAUGGAGAUUUUGCAGCCAUUGUAGAUGAAGUGGUUGAAGCAGAUGGAGUAGCUGAUUUACCCCCUGUUAUUCUACCAUCAGAGGAACCCGAAUUUGAUAGUGAUGACUAUUUGGAGAGCCUCAUAGCUGAUGACCUUGAUAUGGAUGAUAAUGGGGAAGAAGAGUAG